CCCCGUUGCCUCAGCUGAGUCCCGUUCAUACGACUGUGUUCAACUUUGGUUUGCCUGCAGAACGGUACACCGCUUCGACCUUCAUAUUCCAUUCUGACCUUAACCUCUACUGCCAUCUCUGAAAUUGUUCGCUUGUCUUCCUCUCUUCCUCUAACUGUGCUGUUACUGAAGCCUACUUCCUUGCCAAACUUUUCUGUCACUCUACCAACAUCAAGCCCGACAACGACCUGAUCAAGAUGGCAUCCUCUCCCGCCGUCUCCGUGCCCAUCAUCGACUCCCAUAUUCACCUUUACCCCCAGUCCGAGGUAGAAACCCACCAGUGGUACGCUCUCGCUGAAGGAAGCCAUCUCGCCAAACAGCACUCCAUCCAGGAAUAUCAGACCGCCACCGGUGCGCCUGGCAAUCUUCAGGGCUUCGUCUUCAUCGAGGUUGACCGCAAAAACGACAAUGCCAAAGAUUGGACUUAUCCACUACAAGAAAUUGCAUGGCUCCGCCGCAUCGUAACCGGCCAGCCGAACCCAGGCGAGGGUCACACGGCUGAGGAUGGCCGCGACUGCCUUGGAAUUGUGCCAUGGGCGCCUGUUGUGUUGGGUACUGCAGAGCUGGAAAAGUAUCUUGCUGCUGCGGAAAAGGAAGCCGGGCCUGAAACAUGGGCCAAGGUGAAGGGUUUCCGCUACCUGUUGCAGGAUAAGCCCAACGGAACAGCGCUAAGUGACGAUUUUAUCGAGGGCCUGAAGCUGCUUGGCAGGAAGAAGUUUGUCUUCGACCUGGGUGUCGACCAGCACAAAAGAGGGAGGAUCCAGCUGGAGGAGGCGGUAGAGAUGAUCGAUCGUGCACACGACGGCGUGGAAAACGAGGAAGACAAGGUGGUCUUCAUCUUGAACCACCUUUGCAAGCCAGAUCUAACCAUCGUCAACGUACAAACGGAUCCCUCAUACAUCGCCUGGCGCACCGCCAUGUUCACUCUCAGCAAGUGCGACCGUACCUACAUGAAACUAAGCGGCUGCUUCAGCGAGAUGCCCGAGUGGUUGAGGGCUCGCCCGGCCGAGGAAAUUCUCUCUGCUAUCCUUCCCUGGCUUGCCGUGGUGAUAGCCGCCUUUGGGCCCGAACGCAUUAUGUUUGGCAGCGACUGGCCAGUGUGCACUCUAGGUGUUGGUGAUGAAGCCUGGAAGAAGUGGCGCAGAGUGGUGGAGAUGACAUGCCAUAUGGCUGGCUUGGGACCCGAGGCUCAGACAAGACUUUGGGCGGAAACAGCGAGGGAAGCGUACAAACUUGGUAAUCGUCAGGUCUACAAAGUCGUAGACCUGACGAGAGACGCUCCCAUUGAGGAAUAGGAUUAAUACCACCAGAAACAGAAAGGCUAUCUUCUUUCUUGCUCAAAAUUGUGUCAUCCUUUCAUCUCCCAACGCUUGAACGGCGAAGGGGAUAAUUUGGAGAUAGAAAUGUUACAUAUGAUUCAUGUUCGGACGCAAAGCCCCAUACGCUUGUUCGCCCCUUUGAUAUUACAUCGAACCUCAACUACAA